AUGAGCAAAGCUGAUCUCCAGAAGCCUCCCAGAGAGUUCUGGGGCUACCAGUACUCUGGCAGCCUGCGCCCGUCUUUCGUGACCAAGCAGCUUCGGAUGCCAAAGGGCACUCUCCUCCCAGACUAUGCCUUGGAAGCCGAUGGCGCCAGCGCCUGCGAACGGAUAGGUGUCAAGGAGGUUCCCAUCCUUCAGGGAGCGGAGCUUGAAGCGAUGCGCAUGGCUUGCAAGUUGGGCCGAGAGGUGCUGGACAUCGCUGCUCGUUUUAUGCGGGCUGGGGUCACUGGCGACGAGAUUGAUCGCGUGGUUUACCAGGCAUGUGUGGAUCGCAAGAUCUACCCUAGCCCUCUGAACUACUUCCGUUUCCCCAAGGCGCUUUGCGUCUCAGCCAACGAGGUGAUCUGCCACGGCAUUCCAGACUGCAGAGCUUUGGAGGAGGGAGACAUCGUGAAUCUAGACAUCAGCAUCUACCAUGAAGGCUUCCACUCGGACCUCAAUGAGACUUUCUUCAUAGGUGCUUGCGAUGAUGACUCCCAUCGCCUCGUCAGGACAGCCUACAGCGCCCUCUACGCUGCAGCGCAGAUGAUCCGUCCUGGGACCUUCUACCGAGAUCUAGGCGGCGCCAUCCAGUCAGAGGCCUCAAAGAAUGCCUGCGCUGUCGUCACAACGUAUUGUGGCCAUGGCGUCGGCAAGUUGUUUCACGGCCCGCCCAAGGUGCCACACUACAGGAAGAACAAAGCGGUUGGCAUCAUGAAGCCCGGCCAUGUCUUCACCGUUGAGCCUAUGAUCAAUUUAGGAGGCAACGGUGGUGACAGGCCGAAAGAGGGAGCUCUGCUUUGCACCUGCAUCGUAUUCGCGACAAGACUUCUUUAA